UUGAUAUCACAACAACCCUAAUUUAUUAUGUGAUAUGCACAAACCAAUUAUCAAAACAACAAAACUGGCGUAGAUAAAGAUCAAGCGGACACGACAAAGCAGAUCAGCACAAAGGAAGAACGAGCGAUCUUUAAGGCGAGUCAUGCAGGUCGAAUGCCUCCAGAGCCAGCGCCAGCGCCACAUGAAAGGGAGGCUGUGAAGGGAGCCAGCACCACCUCAGUUCCACGCAUGCCAGUGCCCCUCGGUGGAGGACGCACUUAUCAUCCGACCGUAGACGACAACAGCUAGCGAUGACGGAAACCAGCGGUGCCCACCUCUCGGUGGCCUCCGGCGGUGGUGCCAAUUCUAGCAGCAGUGUCGACGGAUCCUCCUACAUACGCACCAUCGAGUGGAACAUGAUGAAUAAGACCAAGUUCUUUCCGCUCUCCAUGCUAAGCUCCUUCUCGGUGCGCUGCUGCCUCUUCCCGCUGACGGUGAUCAAGACGCAGCUGCAGGUGCAGCACAAAAGCGAUGUCUACAAGGGCAUGGUGGACUGUGCCAUGAAGAUCUACCGCUCCGAAGGCGUGCCCGGCUUGUAUCGCGGCUUCUGGAUAUCAUCGGUGCAGAUCGUCUCCGGUGUCUUCUACAUCAGCACCUACGAGGGUGUGCGCCACGUGCUCAACGAUAUGGGUGCCGGUCAUCGAGUGAAAGCGCUCCUCGGCGGCGGCUGCGCCUCUCUGGUUGGCCAAACCAUCAUAGUUCCUUUCGACGUGAUAUCGCAACACGCCAUGGUGCUGGGAAUGUCGGCGCAUGCCGGCUCCAAGGGCGAUAUCAAUCCGUUGGGUAUUAAAUCGUGGCCCGGCCGGAGUCGCCUGCACAUCUCCAUGGAUAUUGGCAGGGAGAUAAUGCGGCGCGACGGAUUCCGGGGCUUCUACCGUGGCUACACCGCCAGCCUAAUGGCCUACGUACCUAACUCUGCCAUGUGGUGGGCCUUCUAUCACCUCUAUCAGGACGAACUGUGCCGCAUCUGCCCCAUUUGGGUAUCACAUUUGUUCAUCCAGUGCGUGGCCGGCAGCCUGGGCGGCUUCACAACGACAAUAUUAACAAAUCCAUUAGAUAUAGUUCGCGCCCGUUUGCAGGUCCAUCGUUUGGACUCGAUGAGCGUCGCUUUCCGGGAACUUUGGCGGGAGGAGAAGCUAAACUGCUUCUUUAAGGGCCUGUCCGCCCGCCUGGUGCAGUCGGCGGCCUUCUCAUUCAGCAUUAUCCUAGGCUACGAGACCAUCAAGCGCAUUGCCGUGGACGAGCAGUACAAGCACCAGAUUCGCUGGUGAAAAGCGUAUACGCACAAUCCCCCAGCCAAACUGAAACCAACUCAAAACUGCAUUUAAGCGACGUACUGAGAACCACCAAACCAGGAGGAGUUUCGCCCAAGAUUGUAAAUAAAAGGAGGAGGAGGUGUAGCACAGGUUAGAUAGUUGAAUUACCAUCGAUAGCGAAUUAUGGAGGCAUGGAUAGCAGACGCUCCGACGAUGUACUUUUAGCAGAACGUUUCAAUUUGCUUGCUAGGAUGUAUAAGCAACGUGGCAGCAGUUCAAUUUGCAAAUACACCAAAGUGUUGUAGCUUAAAGUGUACAUUAUUUUUGUUAUACUUAGUCAUUUUAUACCUUACACGCAUAGAGGCCGAUUGGUGUGACAAGCAUAAUUUAUUAUACAUAUAAUGGUACUUGUACUAGUACGUAAUUGAUGAUGAUGUUGAUAAUACUGUUGUUUAUAUUGGUAACCCCAUUAACUUUACACUACUAAUUAGCCACAGCAACUGGACAUGCCGAAUUAGAAAUUAAUAUCGAAACAGGGUUCCCCCUUAUAUACUUAUUUUAAGCAUUCUGUGUCUGUGUUCUCUGAAUGGAUAAACCUAGCUUUAGUCUGCAUUGUAAUAAAGUACAAACCAAGAA